AUGCUGCUAAUAUGCAUACCCUCCGGAAUUUUGACGGGGAGAUCCGAGGGUGACGAUGGGGGUGAGGACGGAGAUAUGCGGGUUGAAAACCCCGUCCUCACCGCGUCGAACUCCCAUCGAAUCCUCGUCGUCAUCCCCGAAUCACCGUCUAUCUCCCCAGAAUUUCGACGGGGGGAUCCGUGGAUUUGGCUGGUAGGGAACUAUCUUCAACAAAUGUUGUCAGAGAAAGAUCGCAAUGCCAUGUCGUUAUUUGAGAGACUCCCCGACGGAAAUGAAAUGUAUCUUACAAAGGGCAACAGAAACUUCGAUUCACUUCACCAUCCUGAUUAUAUUCAUCCAGACGCAACCUUCUUUUCACAGCAGUACAUUUCAGUAAGUUCUAAGAAAAUAUGGUUCCGUACUACUAGGAGGAGCUUGCUGGAAAUAACGGGGCGCAUUUUGUGGACAGCACGCAGUUGGGAAAUUCGUAUCGUUACCAAUGUUUUUGGAAAUGGCAACGACGUAGUCGGUCGCCUGAAUACCUUCAAGCCUUCAGAAACGUGA